AUGUUCCUCCGACUAGUGCUGUUCUGUCGACCUCUCGUACAGAAGAUGUUUCUUCACCUAGUCCUGUUCUGUCAACCUCUCGUGCUGACAAUGUGCCUCCACCUAGUCCUGUUCUGUCAACCUCUAGUACUGACGAUGCUUUUUUCAUCUAGUCCUGUUCUGUCGACCUCUCGUACUGACGAUGUUUCUCCACCUAGUCCUGUUCUGUCGACCUCUCGUACUGACGAUGCUUCGCCACCUUGUCCUGUUCUGUCGACCUCUCGUACAGACGAUGUUCCUUCACCUAGUCCUGUUCUGUCAACCUCUUAUACUAAAAAUGUUCCUACACCUAGUCCUGUUCUGUCAACCUCUCCUUCUGACGAUGUUUCUCCACCUAGUCCUGUUCUGUCGACCUCUCCUACUGACGAUGUUUCUUCACCUAGUCCUGUUCGGUCGACCUCUCGUUCUGACGAUGUUCCUUCACCUAGUCCUGUUCUGUCAACCUCUCGUACUGACGAUGUUUCUCCACCUAGUCCUGUUCUGUCGACCUCUCGUACUGACGAUGUUUCUUCACCUAGUCCUGUUCGGUCGACCUCUCGUUCUGACGAUGUUCCUUCACCUAGGCCUGUUCUGUCAACCUCUAGUACUGACGAUGUGCCUCCACCUAGUCCUGUUCUGUCAACCUCUCAAACUGACAAUGUUCCUCCACCUAGUCCUGUUCUGUCAACCUCUCCUACUGACAAUGUUUCUCCACCUAGUCCUGUUCUGUCAACCUCUAGUACUGAUGAUGUUCCUUCACCUAGUCCUGUUCUGUCAACCUCUCAAACUGACAAUGUUCCUCCUACUGACAAUGUUCCUCCACCUGGUCCUGUUCUGUCAACCUGUCCUAAUGACGAUGUUCCUUCCCCUAGUUCUGUUCUGUCAACCUCUCAAACUGACAAUGUUCCUCCUCCUAGUCCUGUUCUGUCGACCUCUCGUACAGACGAUGUUUCUCCAGCUAGUCCUGUUCUGUCAUCCUCUAGUACUGACGAUGUUUCUCCACCUAGUCCUGUUCUGUCAACCUGUCAUACUGACAAUGUUCCUUCACCUAGUUCUGUUCUGGCGACCUCUAGUACUGACGAUGCUCUUCCAACUAGUCCUGUUUCGUCAACUUCUAGUACUGGCGAUGUUCCUUCAACUGAUAAUAAUAAUAUUUUAAAAGUACCGCAUAAUGAAGAAUGCAUGCUUGUUACUUUUGGGAGGGUAGAAAAAUGA